CGCACACACGCACACACACACACGCGCACACGCGCGUGCGUGCGGCGGUUGACAGAUGGUGGAGGGAAAUGCCCCCCUCUCUCUAGCUCCAUGCGUGCCAAGCCCCGGCGCGGUGCAGGCAAGUGGCGGCGGUGUCGGUGCGGGAGACUUUGCCGGGUCGCGCUGCGUUACGCUGCCCGUGGGUGCCGGGUCCCCCGCGGGGAGCGGCAGUGGAGGCGGCGAGACGAGGAGGAGGGGAGGAGGAGGAGGAGUGGAGAGAGAGGGACUCGAGGAGGCGUUUUACUGGGUGGUACAGGAAGAGCGGCGCCUCCAGCUGCUGCUGCUGCUACUGCCCCUACCCCCGUCUCGUUCAUCUCCUGCGCUCGCUUCUCGUGCCCCCAACACUCUGGGCUCCAUCUCCUCCAUCUCCUCCUAUCUCCCCACGCGGACACCACCAUCACCACCGCGCUCCCCUCCGCCGUCUACCCCGGGAGGGAGCGCCAUGGAUCGGGAAGGAUGUGUACGGAGCCACGAAACGUUUCGGAGGGAGAUCUUCCCGGCCUGGACUCAGACUCGCCCGGAAUGGACUCCGAUGUAGGCGAUGGUGGAGGCGGUGCGGGCUCGGGGCUCGGUAAUCGUGGAGAGCACACCACCACGUUUGCUCAGACGUUGCUGCACUUCCUCAAGGGGAAUGUGGGAACUGGCCUCCUGGGCCUCCCACUCGCCGUGAAACACGCUGGGCUUGUGGUGGGACCCGUGUGCCUCGUGGUGAUGGCGAUUGUUGCUAUCGACUGUAUGCUGACCCUCGUGAGGUGUAGCCACUACCUGUGCAGAAAGCUGAAGCGUUCAACCCUGUGUUAUGGAGGCACUGUCAUGCAUGCUAUGGAGGUCUCCAACUUCACCUGGCUAAAUUCUAAAGCAUCUUGGGGAAAGAACGUGAUCAGCCUCUUUCUCAUCACCACUCAGCUGGGCUUCUGCUGCGUUUAUUUCGUCUUCAUGGCGGACAACAUCAAGCAGGUGGUGGAGCAGCGAAACAACGGCACCAGCGAGUCCGCGGGCAAGGAAGGCGCGCCGGGAGGCUUCGCGAUGGACAAGCGCCUGUACAUGCUGUGCCUGCUGCCCUUCAUCAUCUUGCUGUCGUUCGUGAAGAACCUGCGCUGGCUGGCUCCCUUCUCCGCCCUCGCCAACGUGUGCAUGCUGACCAGCAUCAUCAUUAUCUACUACUACAUGUCGACGAACAUUCCGACAACACUGGAUGUCAAGUACGUGGGAGAAGCCAACGCUCUCCCCCUCUUCUUCGGAAUGGCCAUCUUUGCCUUUGAAGGCAUCGGUGUGGUGCUGCCGCUGGAGAACCGGAUGCGAGACCCGGGCUCGUUCAAGCUGCUGCUCAGCAUGGGAAUGCUGGUGGUGACCUUGCUCUACCUGUCGCUUGGCACUCUGGGAUACGUGUGCUUUGGUUCCAAAGUGAUGCCCAGCGUGACCCUGAACCUGCCCAUCUCCAAUGGGCACAGGUACCUUGGUGAACAAGGAAACCACAUCAAAACUGACAAGCAGGUCGUCUGGGGACAGGGCAAUCCCCUUGAUUGUCGAUACCAGGCUGUACGAGUCGGUGAAGAUCCUCUUCUCCCUGGGAAUCUUCGUGAGCUACGGGGUGCAGUUCUACGUGGCGGCCGAGAUCAUCGCUCCCUUCUUCGUGGCCAAAGUCCCGCGGCGCUGGCAGAUGUCCGUGGACUUGAUGUGCCGAGCCGUGCUCGUGUGCAUCACAUGUGCCCUCGCCAUGCUCAUCCCCAAGCUCGACCUCGUGAUCGCCCUGGUCGGAUCUAUCAGCAGCUCGGCGCUCGCCCUCAUCAUUCCACCCCUCCUGGAGAUCGUCACCUUCUGGCCGGAAUGGCGACAUCAGGGCAGCGUGGGCCGUGGGGGAGACUCCACAGAGCAGUCCACCGCGGAGCUCAAGUCGGCCAUGAGGCCCUGGCAGUACUGGCUGGUGAUCGGUAAAAAUUGCGUCGUCAGCGUCGUUGGCUUCGCAGGUUUCGUCGCCGGAACGUACGUGUCCAUCGUGGAAAUAGUCGCCCCGGAACCGGUGCCCUAUUCCGGGUAACUUCUCGAGGCAUCUCUACGUCCUGUGAGCGGCAUUGAGUCCCGUCCCCCCCCCCUCCCCACCUUGAGCUAUUUUUUUUUCCUCUCGGCAAAUAUUUUUGACUCGCGAGAGACGCGCAGGUCUCUCUUGUCCCCACCCUCUCGACUUGGAGUACCGUAUUGCCAUAUGCAAGUUUGUAAACUUUGAGAUGUACAUAAGGUGUACAGGGGGUGCACAGCCAUUUCAGAUUGCAGUUCAGUUAUUUGGCGUCACGAGGUCCAGUCGCUGGGAUGGUCCGCUGGAAUGUUCUGCAGUUUGUUUUUAGAAUAAAAGUGCAGCAAAGGGAAGAAUUCGCAGCAUGAUUAUGGCUUCGUUGUGCAAAAGAGAAAAUAUAUAUGGAGGGCUUUUGCCUGUGAUACCAGGCAGUGUGUACAUACGAAAAUUAAAAGCAAAUUGUCACUACAGUAAAUAUCACCGAUUGUAAAUGUUCAUCUGGAAUGUUGUGAAAUUGUACAAGUGCGACUCGUGACACGAGCAGCAGUUCACGUUGGGAAACCGGAUGAAUUGACGCCAUUCACAUUUCACGUGCAGGUUAGCAACGUGCCUGUAGGAGGUGGUGGUGGUUGUGGUGCGAGAAAUCUGCAGGUCUCCUACCUGUGCAGUUGGAAUGUCCGUAUGCGUGCCACCAAACCUCCCAUAACGUUGGCAGUCCCGAAAUAGAUUUUUAAAUAUUUGGGUAAAACACUUAAGUCAAAUCUACGCAUUGGUAUUACUGCGCCCCCCUGGGUGUCAUUUUGAACCGUCGACGCCAUGAGUGGGAGAGGUUGAGCAUCAAUAGUUUGGCCCAUUAUUUAGUGAAGUUACCGGUACUUGCAACGUGGUGCUGUUAUGUAUGGGGCUAACUGACGCUUGUUACGGAGUGCCAACAUCGCACAGUAUUGCAGGCGUGUGCGACGCGCAUGUCCCUGUGUGGACCAACGUGGAGACAUCCUCCACUCCUAGUAGUACUUUGGAUCGCAAUGGUAAAUUUGUAUUUGAAUAGUUUAACUUAUUCUGUCAACGUUGUGUGCAAUUUAUAAUGUAACUCGGUAAUUUGCACUAAGUAUUUCUCGAUUCACCGCACGAUGCACUCUGUGUUGUUGUGAGUGCCAGGACCUCUCCUGCUUUAUUAAGUGUAGUGGUGAUGAUCCUUAUGGGUUAUUAUUUUUUAAACCACAAUUGUCGGAACGGUGUUAUUUUUUAAUGAUUUAUAAAAAUGCUUUACCCCUUU